CUUGAGAUGCAGGAUAAAACCACUGAAUGCUCAAAAUAGGAAGUUCCAGGCAAAGGGCAGAGAAAAUGUUCCUCUUGUAAAAAAAGCAUUGUCGAGCAGGCAAGGAAGCGCACAGUUUUCUCAACAAUGGAUGGCAAGGGAAAUGUGAAGUCCAUCAUGGCGAAGUUUAAUAACAACGCAGCUGAGGACGUUCGUUGCCAUCAGGUCAGAACUGGGGGGCACCCUCCGAUGGCUAAAAAAGCUGCCUUUGAGAAGUUUGCCCAGCUUGAAAACGCGGGUCUGCCUCCCAAACCCAACAGCUUGCACAAGCCUGGAUCACUUAAAUUGCCUCCAGGCGCGAAACCUCUUCACGAUGCAUCGGGCAAGGAUUUUAAAACGCCACCUUUGCAAAGCAAAGUGAAGAUGCUAGCUGAGGCUGCUAGCCGAGAAGCUAAUGAGAAGACUACCUAUCCAAAGCCUUUGGUUCCCAAGAUUUCUGAAGGACUAAGAGACGAAACCAAGCCAGUGUUCCCACGGAUUCCUGAGAAGAAGCUACUUGGCUCUCCUCCUCAGAAGAGUGAACCAAAGCCUUUAGAGCAGAGAUUGUUCAAACCUGAACCCCGAGGGAGUGAAGCAAAGCCUGUCUUUCCCACGGUCGCUGGAGUUAAAGAAAAAUUCAACAGUGCUGCACAGGAAAACAAUGCCAAGCCUCCUUUUCCAAAGCCACCUGUUAAGCAAAAACCAAAUCAAAGUUUCAGCCAAGGGGAAGAAGUUUCCAACAAAAGUGCUUGUUUCAAUCAGGUGUCACCAAGUUCCAGCGGCCUCAAGUCGAAAGUUGGUUCCAUCCGACCCCAUCCGACCCCUCCACAGGACAAGAGCCGAAACGAAGCCAAGCCCAUCAGCCCUUUCCCACCUUUGAAACAUGUCAACAAUGAGAACAACCUGCCUCAAAUCCCCCCUAAACCUGCUGGGCAGCUGAAUGAAGAGGCAAAACCAAAACCCAUCAAGAAUAUUUUCCUACAAAACAGACAAGAAGAUUUUGGAUCUGCUUCUGGUACCAUUGCUGCUAAAUUGGCCAAUUCAUCUCAAACAGUUAAGGCAGGACCUUGGGCCAAUAAUACUGGAAAAGAAGAGAAAGACAAAGACAAGAAUUUGCCCAGACGAAAAACACUACCUUCAACAAUUACAUUGGGACCAGCCCCAAACAAGCCUAGCAGGCCUCCGACAGUUGACCUGGAAAAAUUCAGGAAAAGUCAUGGGGAAGGUUCCAGUUCAUCCAAUUCAGUGGGUUUGCCUCCCCCACUUCCGCCACCCAUUCAUGCCAUACAGUCUACAGAUAUAUCCUCACCCCCACCUCCCCCUCCUCCAGGUUUCCAUCCAUCACAAACUCCUGUACUCCCCCCAAGGGGGAAAAUCCCAUCCAGACCUGAUGUCAGAGGCGAAGAAAAUGAAGAAAAUUAUGAUGAUAUUGAAUUUGAUACUGGAAAUGCAGAUGAAAACAGUGAUGGAGAAAUGUAUGAAGACAUAAAUGAGAUGAGGUUUACACCACAAGAAGAGGAAAAAAAGAAAAAGGAGGAAAAGAAAAAAGCUGAUCAAAAGAAAGAACAAAGGGAGAAGGAUAAAAAGGAGCAAGAACUCAGAAAGAAAUUCAAGCUUGAAGGCCCCAUUGAAGUUAUUCACCAGGCACGAGCUUCCACAGACUGUAAAGGAGGAAAGUAUGAUCUAUCAUUCAAACAAGGAGAUCUAAUUGAAAUACUUCGCGUCACAGACAAUCCAGAAGGAAAAUGGUUAGGAAGAUUAAAAGGCUCAUAUGGCUACAUCAAAACUACCAUGGUGGCAAUUGACUACGAUACAUUAAAAAAGAGGCCACGGCCUCCCGUGCAUGUUCAGGCAAAGCAACCAGACAGUGAUCAAGAAGUGUACGAUGAUGUUGGAGACCAGGACAGUAUCAGCAGUGGAAGUCAGAGUACCAUGGGAGGGUUUCCACCACCUCCAUCAGAUGACAUUUAUGACGGCGUAGAAGAUGAUGAGAUUCCAGCAAAAUCUGUGUCACAGGAUGAAGAGAAAAGUGACACCUGGUCCAAGGGGCUUUUGAAGAUUUUAAAGGGAAAAGAUUACCAAAAGAAAAGUAUGCGAGAGGCACCAUCCAAAGUCAAUGUGACAGAAGAUGAAAAUUCCUUAAGAAGUCCUUUAGCAAAACCAACAGGGACGGAUACUGGAGACAGUGAUGUUUACGAUGAUGUUGAAUCCACUGACUUCCCGCUCCCACCAAAAGAAAUUAGCCUCGGGAAAAAUAUCAAAUCUUUGAACUUUGGGAGGGGCAAAUCUGAUGAACGUGAUUCACAGAAGUUUAAGAAGAUGGACAAAGAAGAGAAAGAUUUUCGAAAAAAAUUCAAAUAUGAAGGUGAUAUUCGAGUUCUCUACACUACUACCAUAUCUAACGCACCCUCCCUAAAGAAAAGAGGUUCCAAAGAUUUGCAAGUCAAGCCGGGAGAACUGGUUGAGGUUAUUCAAGAUGUGGAUGAAACUAAAGUGCUUUGUAGGAAUGAAGAAGGAAAAUAUGGCUAUGUCCAAAGAAGCUGUCUAGUGCAUGAUGAUGAAGAAAUAUAUGAUGAUAUUGCAGAUGAUUCAUAUGACAAUGAUUAGCUCCAGGCCUCAUCUUGGCACAGUCUUCACCUUUUCUGAUUGGUGGAUAUAAGAGAGAAAGUUAUUAUUCAGAGUUCGGAUUUAUGUGUAUGUACAAAAGAUUUGGUUAAGCUAUCCCGCCAGUUUCUGGACUGUGAAACAGGUUUUAUCACAGAAGCAUGAUAACAUUACACAAAUAUGUUCUUGAUUUGCAACCAUCAGCCAAAUCUUCAAAUCGGGAUGUUAUUAAAUCAAUGUUGGGUGUGGGAUAACUUGACAGCUUUCUCUUGCAAAUCCCCCAACGCAAUCCAAAAUAUUAUAUUUAGCAUGCUACAGAUUAAAUCAGCAAUUUGCACGUACAAUACUCCUUCUCAUAUUCAUACAAUGGGCUUUGGAAAUAUCCCAAUGUGCCCACAGACGUGAUACCUGUCCUUCAUAAGUUCUAUGUUAUUUUUAUCUAGUCAUUGUACUACAAAACCAUAGAAUUGGUAGCAGCUGGGCUAAUUCAACCUGCUAUUGAACUUUUUUGUAAUAUUCAGGCAGAAUCUGCCUUUCUAUAACUCAGAAAUGGGCAACCAAUAUCCUGCAGUUGUGCCUGUGAAAUUCGGUAUAGCUAAAUUUCGGACCGCAAGGCUUAAAGUUGUUUGUUUUUUUAGAUUUGGGAUGGUUUUAAGAAUGGAUUUGAAAAGGGUUUAUCUGUAGGAGGAUUUCUGUUAUACUUCACCUUUAUCUUAAGAACCACAAAUUCUCUUUCUCAAUCUUACUUGGUAAGUUGUAUUAGUAUAUACUGUAUGUAUAUAAUUCUAAUAAAUAAAUAGUUAUGUCCUUCUUCCUCCACCGCUAAGGGAAUUGUAUAGUUCUAGGACACUUUCACACAAGGGAUUUGUACCACUUCAGGACCAGCUCCAGACCUAGCUGGUUUCACACCAUCAUCUAGUUGGGGAAAAUGAGUCAAGGUAUUUCUGAUUCUGCUGGUUUUCUUGAGAUUAUCGACCAAGUAAUACAGUAUUCUUCAAAUUUCCACAUCACUAAAAACCUAACAAUGAUUCUCUUUUUGCAUCUGUCUCCUGAAUUCAAGCCAGUCAUAACUUAUUCCUCUACCCCAGAGGUGUCAAACUUGCAGCCCGCGGGCCGGAUGCGUCAAACGCUGGCCACACCUAUUUUAGUAAAAGGGGGGAAGUCAUGAUACGUCAUGUGACGAUAACGUGAUACCACAGAUUUGACAUCCCUGGUCUACCCUAUUCCUGAAGAAGUUCAGCAUCCUGUUCCUGGAGCUGGUCUCUUGCUUUAUGUUUAAAAUAUAUUUUAGAACUUUUUUUCCCUUGACUCUCCAAGCCCCACAGCUACUGGGGAAAGCACCCAACCUCAAAAUUGCCAGCAUUAUGAUCAUGACACCCCACAUAUGUUUUUAAAAUGUAAUAGAGAAAUGCCAGUAAAACACAUAUGGGAAACUCUGCGAAAAGUUCGGUGCUUUUGUUUAUGUUUUUAAUAAUCGACAUUCCUUCAUAUAGCUGCCCACAAUAGCAAAUCUCCACAAAAUGGAGAUGAAUAUAUGUACUAGAAAACACAGAUGGGAGAGACUGUAUUUUUAAUGCGAAACUGAAUCUCAAAGGUUAUUUGUCAUUCUGCAAUCAGACAACUGAGAAAUGGGAUGGUCGUGAUGAUAUCCUUUGCACUCUCUUAAUACUCUUAGUAAGCUAAAGGGAAAGGCACUAAUUCGGUUGUAGUGCAUUGAUGCAUUCUCUACAUUCUAAAGUCAGUAGAAAUGAAAAUGAAGGUUGGAUUCAAAAUUAUUUCUGAGGGACUUGGAAUUGAAAAUAGUUGUAGCACAGAAGUGCUUUGUGCAUAUUAUUUAUUUUCUUCCACAAAAUCUCUUUUCUUUUUUUUCUCUCUCUCUCUUCCUCACACACAUUAUAUUUUACAUGCUUUCUGCCUAUUUUUCUAAAAGAAAUAACAGCCAGUAGAAUCUUAAUUCCCUUUAAGAGUGCCAUUAGUAUGUACCGUUCCUUAGACUUGUAUGUAAACGUCAAAUCUAGAAUAAACUUUUAGUGAGGAUAUUAAGAAUGUCGCUUUUGAAUUCUUAAUGAUACAUUCCUGUGAUUUGUUUUCAGUUUGUAAAUAAGAGUGAGAAUUUUGCUUCUCAUCACUACUUUUCCUCAUUUUCUCACUCACUUCUUAAAAAUAGAAAUUCUGACCCAACAAUUUCUGCAAAGAAAAAAAUUAACCCAAGAUUCUCUUCAACCUCAUUUUCCUCCUAUUUUUGUUUUCUUACCAUUUAACAGUCUGAUUUACUUGUAAGUUUCUUGCUUUUGAUCUAUUUUAAUAACUGUUAUUAACAGUUAGGGUAAAAUUAGUGUUAUUGGCAACAUAUUUCUCUGGUUUCUCAUUUUCAGUUGGACAAGAUUUCUACAUUUUUUUCAAUUGGUUAGCAGAGGCACAUUUCCUAAGAACAGAAAGGCUGCAGGAUUUAGGGACUGAAAGUAACCAAACCUAUUCUACAAACCUAUUGUCAACCAUUCUAGGUGGGCCUUGUUUCAGCAAAAACAUAACUCAGAACAGUUUUUGUUGUUAUAGGGUUUAAUCCUCUUAUCUUCACGACCGAUUCGGUAGCGGGAGCGCACCCGCAUGCCCAUGCACUCUCUUUGCUCGCACGUGGCUCGUCUGGGCAUGCACAGAACCUUCUGUGCAUGCGCAGAAGAUCCUUGAUGAUGUAUGAAUGGGUGGGUGGAGCCUCGUGCCACUGCCACAACAGGUUUGGCCAAACAGGCACUAACCAGCAGAAUACCACCUCUGGUUUAAUCUCAAACAAAAGGAAUCCCAGAAUACUUUUAUGUGGAGAGUAAAAUAAGGCUGGCAUGUGUCAACUCCUCUUUCCCCUCAACAACUCCCAGCACAGCAGAUUGUAAAUGAAGCUGGCAAAAACCAGCAUAGAAAGAACCCUUGUGACCCCACUGAACAAACGCUUCCAAAUCUGAGAGCUGUGGGGAGAAAAAACAGCCAAAAUUACCUAGACUUGCAAUGGGGACCUAGAUUUUAAAAACAGAGAUCUUUCAUUUUUGCGUACUGCAGUGGGCAGAGUCUUUGGGCAUAUACUGUAUAGAUUCAUUCUUGUUUGCAAUCAAGCCAUAUCAUGUCAAGAGUUUGUGCAUUAAGCAAGUUCUUGACUGUGGUCUUCAGCAUCAUCUCACUCACCCAUCCAUCUCAAAAUUUCCAGAAUCAAACUUUCCUCCACUCUGUCUGCCAAUGUCCCCAAACAGUACAACAAUAAAACUUUCUGAACUGCAACCUUCCCUAACGUGAACAUGUUAAUCCAUACACCAAAGAGAACAGCCCCAUUUCGGUCUGAAUAUGACCCAUCCAAAAUUAUUCAAUGUGGUAUACCCAACAGUGAUUGAUUUCUAACAGUAAUGGUAUUCUAUUUUCUUCACUACUGGUUCGGUAGCAGGAGCGUGCACGAACCUUCUGCACUUACACGGACGGGCGGAGCCUCGCACCGCCACCACUACCGGUUCACCCAGCAUAGCACCUCUGGUUUCUAAUAUAAAAUAUAGCAUACACAAAUAAUUGCACAAAGACCUACCACAAUCCACUCUUUCUCUUGUCAUUUAAUCUCUCUAUUCAACCCUCCUGGUAAAGAGAAAUGAUUAAGCGCUUGGAGAGAUUAGAUAUAGGACUCAUGACUGGAUGGCCUCUUUGUUGCAGAAUGUAGACUAAAAUAUUUCACCGUAUAUUUCAGUCUUCUACUGGUAGCCCUUGACUCUAACCAUUAAUGACAGCUCAAAGUGGCAACCAGUCCUGGCUCUUACACCCAUUGCACCAUCCCCCGUCACAUGAUCAAAAUUUCAGCACUUGGCAGCCAACAUAUAUUUAAGAGGGUUGCAGUGUCUGAUGGUCAUGAGAUCACCAUCUGUGACUUUCCCAGCAGCUUCUUACAAACAAAGCCUAUGAGGGAAGCUGGAUUUGCUUAGCAGCCACGAUUCACUUAACAACUGCAGUGAUUCAGUUAACUGUGGCCAAAAGGUCAUAAAAUCAGGACAUGAUUCACUUAAAAACCACAUGGCUUGGCAAUGGAAACUCUGGUGUCUAUUGUGGUUGUAAGUUAAGGACUACCUGUAUACAUGAACAGGUUAUGUUUCCUGUCUGACAUCCUUUUGAAAACAUUAAGUCAAAGGAGUUGCCAUCUAACAAUUACCCUGCUAGCUGUGGCCAAAAAAAAAAAUCCUCCUUAAAUGGGAGGAAAAAGUAGGGAAGUAGUUGCCCAUGCACAUAGGCUGGCACAAUGUUUAGAGACAGCAUUGAUUACAGGAGAAACAAACAGAAGAUGCUAGGCUUCAUUUUCUGGUCCACAAGAUUAUCCAUCAUAGGACAAUCCUACAUAGUUGAUGGAUGCUGAUGCAUAAAAUGGCAUAACUGCAUAACUGUUUCCAAGCUACAAAAAUAUAGAUGCAAAAAUCUUUAGCAUGACAGAUAGAAUAUGACUUCCCUAGAGAAUUAAUUAUCUUAUUUGGUAGUUAUAAAGGCAUUUUUUUUUAAAUAGUCAAUGUAAUUUAUGCCUUUUUUAACAUUUUCUUUUGUGUUCAGAUUCUAUCCUUGGAACUCUUGACUUAAUUAUAGUAGCAUGUUGCUAUGGCAUCCAGGAGUUUGGAGUUAUGCAUUAUAUUAUGUUUUUAAUCUUUGUAGAUUUUGUUCUCUAAAAAAAAUAAAGAUUUAAAGUUUUCUA